AUGCCAAAAGAGAGGAACCGAAUGUCACCUGGACAAUUGUUCAAGGUGUACCGACAAGUAGAACGAAUUACUCAGCAAUGUUUAUCUGGGAAAGGGAAUAUUCAGACAUUAACAUUUAAUAAUUCUUCUAUUAUCCAGAAAGGAAUGACAUUUGCUUUAGGAAUUGAAGUACUAAAAUAUCAUAAUAUCAUUGACAAAAUAAUUAAUAGCAGUGGCUUAUUUAAAACGAAACCAAGCUUGAAGAAGGAUCAUGGGAUGCUCCGAAUUAUUGUUUAUGAAGCAUUAUUGGAGAAAAGAGCGGAGAUGACACGAUUCAAGAGUUGUGGACAAGAUAUGAAAAAAUCAAUUAUGAAUUAUCCCAAAUAUUCGAAAUCCAAGACCCAUCAACAUGAUAAUCCAGAAAUUGAUCUUAUCAGAUAUAUCAGAAUUAAUACAUUGAAAACAACAAAACAAAAUGUGAUAAGAAAGUUUCAAGAAUUGGGGUAUUCCUAUAUGAGCUUUGCUGACGCUUUAGAAAGUGAAACAUUUACUCCUCAGAACAAGUUCAUAGUUGAAGACAAUCAUUUGCCUGAUUUAUUGGCUCUAUAUCCAUCAAGCUCUCAUUUGCAUGACAUGGACAUGAUCAAAUCUUAUGAAAUUAUUGCCCAUGACAAGUCAUCUUGUUUUCCACCUUUUCUUAUUCACAGAGAACUUGCAGGAAAGCUUGGAAAAUCUGAUUGUCUUAUUGAUGCCUGCUCUGCACCAGGUAAUAAGACUAGCUAUUUGGCAGCUCUUUUUUCUAAAAACAAAAUUUAUGCUUUCGAAAGAGACACAUCAAGAUUUGAAACUCUCAGUAAUAGAAUGAUGCUUUCAGGAGCUAAAAAUGUUGAAUGUAAAUUGGAUGAUUUUCUGAAAACUGAUCCUAGCGAUCCAAAAUUUAAGAAUGUUAAAGCCAUCAUGCUAGAUCCCUCGUGCUCUGGAAGUGGCAUCGGUCAUGGUAGCUCAAUCCAAAAGGAUCGCCUCUUAAGGCUACAGCAAGUUCAGCUCAAAUUGUUGACUCACUGCUUUAAAUUCCCAAACGUUCAAUUCAUUUCAUAUUCCACUUGUUCUGUGUGUGAAGAGGAGAAUGAAAAAGUUACAGAGAUGGGCCUGGAGGCAUCAAAUGGAGCAUUUGAGGUUGCUCACACUUUUCCUGAAUGGCCUCAUAGAGGUUUGGAGUCAUCACCAAUUGGAGAGCAUUGUGUUCGUGUUGAUCCGCAAAGAGAUCGAACAAAUGGGUUUUUCGUAGUUUGUUUUAGGAGAAAAAAUUAG